AUGAUUCGGGUACAGAAGCACAACGUUGCUUUCGCGCUUCUGGUAUUUGCAGCGCUCAUUCUGCUUACCCUGAUAACGCGUUCCCACUCGGCAUCGGCAUCGGCAUCUUCUUGGUCUAGCUAUGGCAGCUCCGUGGGUCAAGCGGCGAGUUCAGUGGUGAAAGCCGCUAAGGGAAGUGAUGCAUGGCCCAUCAAUGCAAAAGGCUUCGAUUCCGGGCUGGCAGAAGAUACUUUGCGGCCUCUUCAAGCUGGUCAGAAGCCGCCCGUCAGGGGAACUGCUUUCGCAAACGAACAUGGACACUAUUGUAAAUGGGUCUUUGACGAAUAUAUCCCUUCCUCUUAUGAAGUCGAAUGGACCAAUUUGACAACUGUUGUCAAUGAUGAGGUCUGUCGCGUUGUUGCCCAACAAAAACAUCGUGCAGCAUCGUUGGAUAUCGUCACCCGCGUCAUGCAGCUCGUCAGUGGUCUCGAUACCUCCAUCAAUUGGUCAGAACCAGACACGGCACCGCUUGAAGAUGCAAAGCUGGUGGACGAGUACUUCUCUCGAAUGCGAUAUAAGCGCGUGUGCUUCAACGAAGAGACUCAGGUAUGGGCACCAGGCACUGGCACUGGCGACCAGCUGAUUGAACCUCUUUGGGGUAUGCUACGAGACCCAUUCGAUCAUUGGUGCGAUUACCUUGGUUAUGCACUGAGACCGAAACCCCCAGGCUAUCAAAAAUCAACAGAAGGACAGUCCAAAGCGCAUAUCCUACCACAAGGAUUCGCACCGUACCGUUAUACCCUCGCAGCCGAUGGUAAAUUGCCAGACUCAUGGCGCCUGUAUGGUAUGCCACCUUGGCACUCCUCACUCGAACCAAUCGUGGCGCCAGGUUUCGGUAUCACGUACCGCCCACCACAGCAAAUCCAUCUUGAUCUCGGGUCCAGUUACUUUGCCGGCUGGACCAAAGCCACUGAAGCUGAAGAGGCUCGAAUGCGCAUUGGUGCCAAGCCACCACCAGGGAAAGAGGAGCCUGCGAAGAAGGUUCAGAACUCUGCUGCAUCUGGCCAGUGGUUUUAUGAUCACUAUCAUAAGCGUGGCUUGCCAUUUGAUCGCUUCAUUGCCGUUGAAUUGGAACCACUCUCACCACAAGAUGCCUAUGAGCAGUGCCCUGAAGAUUUGGUUGGCAAGUACAAUCUCAUCAAUAUUGGCUUGAGUAUGGAUAAGGACAAGUACAACACGCUUGACUUGAUUCGCAGAACAGUCAGGAAGCAAGAUUUCUUCGUGUUCAAGUUGGAUAUCGACUCGGCACCGAUCGAGAUGCCCAUCAUCAAUGCCCUUCUCAAGGACAACCCGGACAAAGGCGGCGUGUCGGGUCUCAUUGAUGAACUGAUGUUUGAACAUCACUGCAAUUAUGAACCCCUUGCAGGACCGUGGGAGCUUCGAGGAAGAAGUCGGAAGGAAGUAGGUGAUCUCGGCUCCUCCUACAAAUUAUUUGGUGAUUUGCGAAGGAAGGGCAUUCGAGCACAUUCAUGGCCAUGA